AGUUCUGCUUUAUUGACUUUUCAUUGAAAAGUUCACGUGGCGUCCACGGCACAGAGAGCGAACACGUACUCAUCGAAGCUUCCUGUCCUCCGUGAGGAAAAGGGUUUUGUUUUGGACUACAAUUCCCGCGACCUCCCGCUUUGUUUGUUGAGGUGCAGAAAGGCAGACUUUUGUGAAUGACGGGUGCUCUCGUCCAAUUCCCUCGCUGCGCUCUGUCACCAUCUUUCCAAAUAUGGUGCAAAAGUGCGCAACUAGCGGGACCCGUGGCGCCACCAGGGUGACAAAGGUGGAGGUGGAGGAGAAAGAAGAGUCGUGCAGAGUUCAUGUUUCACACCAACAUGGAGAUUAAAGACAGAGUUUCUGUGUGACAGCACUGAAGUUCACAAAGCAAAAUACAUUAAAAUGGAAGCGAUAUAAAAGUGGAAAGAACUACAGUUCUGAAAUUCUAUCGAGCACUUCAUGGUACACAGUACAAAACAAAACGGGAAAAAGUGGUUGGUGCUAUUGCCUCCCUGUAUGUACUGUAUGUUGUCUCUCUGUGGUGGUGAACUGUUGUGAUUGGAUCCAGCGACCUCAGAAAUGAUUAAGUGGAACAAUAUAAAUUAAUGUAAUUCCAAACUCAGGACAACCUGAAGGAAGAUGACGCACACUGGAAGCACGUGGUUUGGUCUACUUAAAUGACACGUUUUAGUAUGUAUUAUAAAUAUAAUAUAAAACACAUCAAUGAGAAUGCAGCGAUGUUCAGAUUUAUUCAUGGUAUUGGAUCUCAAUAAAGCUGGGCUGUCAGAUUUGUUUGUCUGUAAAGUAAAUCUGUGAAAAGGCAUCACUGUAGCACCUGCCGCUGAAAUGUGUGUGUAGGCCAGUGAUGGAAAGGUGCGUGAAUGUUUGUGUGUGUAACAGAGAGAGAGUGAGAGAGAGAGAGAGAGACGCAGCCAAUCAGAAGUCCCCCCUGGCAGUUAAAGGGAUGGUGGGCAGUCUCUCGGGCUUUAAGAACCACUUGUUUUACGACCUUCACGUAUCUUCACGUCUUAUUCACCUCCUACAAUCACACUGGUUCACGGACUGCAGGAUUUAAAGUCGGACUGGUGUGGAAUGUAUCUGCCCUAACUUCUCCCCGUCUUUACCUCGAGCUGAACUACUACUGAACAUCGCGCUCCUCCCGCGGCACUUGUUGCGCAGAGACCAGAUGCGCUGCUGACAGAGGAGAAGAGAGGAGACUAGAGGGGAGGAGAGGAGAGAAGGAGAAACCCUCUGCAACAGGUGCACACGGAGCAUCUCCUGCAGAGAGGCUGCACCCGAGAUCCUAAUCGUUGCGCACAGAACCAGGAUGCCGGUCCUGACGAGCCCAGACAUCGCCAACAAGUUUAAGGAGAAAUGGAUGGCGGUCUACCCGGAAGACCAGGUACAAGGUCCCGACUCUAUCCCUAUGGACGACAGUCUCACCAGUCUCCACUGGCUCCAGAAUUUCUCCAUCCUCAGCGCGGACCCGGAGCGACCUGCCGGCCUCGGACCGGGGUGUCCGUUCUCUCAACAGCAACUCUUUCUCAAGAGGCUCGGUUUCCCCACAGGAGGCACAGACUCUCCUUCCAGCCCCCCGGCCGGGGACACCGCAGCUACGGGGAUGCCUUUGUACCUCGGGAGCCCCGUCACCUCCGGCAGCGACUCCACGGCGGCACCGCGCUUCGCCAGCUGCGCACGGUCCGCGAACGGCUACCCGCAGAUCCCCAUUCAGCCGAGUCCUCCUGCCGAGGUCGACUACAAAACUAACCCUAAGGUUAAACCGCCCUAUUCCUACGCAUCUCUCAUCUGCAUGGCCAUGCAGGCCAGCAAGCAGCCCAAAGUGACACUGUCCACCAUCUACAACUGGAUCACGGAGAAUUUCUGCUACUACAGACACGCGGAGCCCAGCUGGCAGAACUCCAUUCGCCACAACUUGUCCCUCAACAAGUGCUUCAAAAAGGUCCCCAGACAAAAGGACGAGCCGGGGAAAGGAGGCUUCUGGCAGAUUGAUCCUCAGUAUGCUGAUAUGUUUGUCAAUGGUAUCUUCAAACGCAGGAGGAUGUCUGCUAACCAGUACAGCAGCAGCAGCGUUGGCACACAGAGACAGAGCAAACUGGUCCAGGGUUAUCACAGCCCCCAAAAUGGCUGUGACUACCAGACGGUGGGCGGCAAACGGAAGCACCUCCCCUCCUCAAACAGCAACAAGGUGAUGAGGUUCACAGAGUCUCCACUUUUAGGCACAGAAGCCCGUAGAGCUGACAUCCUGAGGGGGGACUUUGACUUGGCUUCCGUGUUCGACGACGUUCUCAGUGGGGAUUGUAGCACCUUUGAGGAUUUGGACAUCAACACAGCGCUGAGCUCCCUGGGUUGCGAGAUGGAGGUUUCCAUGCAGGGGCGGCAGCAGCACACAGCAGGUCUGGGGAGGUGGUGUGGUGGAGGCGACCUCACCGGUGCAGGUGAGAGCCAGCACCUGAGUCAUCAUCAGUCCUACGGUUAUAUGGACUUAAGUGCUCCUUCAGUGGAGUUCUCAGUCAAUCUGGGAGAGCUGCAGCAGCAGCAGCAGCAGCAGCAGCAGCAGCAGCAGCAUCAACUGGACCAGGAUCAGCUGCUUCAGAGCCACAACCAGCUGCAGCAGUUCGACGAGCCCUCCUCGCUGUUCCCAGAGCGACCUGAGGAGGCGAUGCUGCAGCCCUGGGAGGAAAUCAAAGAGGAGGCGCAGGCAAUUCCACUGACUCUGGAUCAAGGCUUUGGUCUGUGUGAGGGAUUCUUCACAGAGAUGCAGCCAUGGGAGAGAGUGGAGGCUUUUCUGUGACUCUGAGCCCAAAUCUCCCUGACUCUUAGAAAACUAGGCCAGUUAUCCAACUGUAGUGGGUAACACUGAGGACUGAGAACUAGAGGUGUAUCAGCAUGCCUUCCAAUCAUGGUCAUGUCAAAGGUGUCUUGAGCUUGAACUGUGAAACCAGCCAACAACAUUCCUCUAAAAAUGACUCUACAGUAUGGGAGCUAACAUGAUUAAGGACCUGUAUUCUCUGUCAGGUGGAGGACGAUAAGGGUGUGUUUGCACUUGUCUUGUUUGGUUCGAUUAAAACCAACGUAAACCCAACAGCAUUAGUCUCACUAAUGCAGUUCAGUUAAACAUGUGUGAAUCCAACCACCCACUCCCAAAACCCUGGGGUCUGACCUGCUUCAAUACAGUUUUGGUGAUCUGUGUAUGUCAUACUGACCAAACAACAUCUCACUCCAUCAUAAACACAACAAAUCACCGAAAAAAGAAACUGUCCAAUCAGAUGCAGGCCUCACCCAUUUGACUUAAUAAAUCCUGUGGCAAAAGCGAGUCACAAGUGGACCAAACUAAAUGUGUCAUUUCCUGCUUCAGUUCACACUGAGCUGUGUAGAGCUGGGACAUUAAAACUUUGUUUAAACUAAAUUUAAGUUUUGUCCAGAACGACAACGUCAGGAUGUAACAACAAAGACAAACAGCUGAACCUUGCGCAAAUGGAAAUGUGUUAAGUUAAAAACAACAACAACAACAUGUACAUAAAGAAUAUGAACAUAGACUCACCUGUGAAGGAGCUGGUGAUGAGACACCGUUGUGAGCUGUGGCAGCAACUGGAGAAAACAAACAAAAACACUUCCUCAGUAAAAGUAAACAGUACAGUAAGACACUAUUUUUGCUACAUUAUCAGCUAACGUUUUUUACUAACCCGCAGUGAAAUCAUCAUGUCAGCUUCAUGAUGAUGAAGAGGGAAAGGAGAGAUGAGAAAGUCUGAGAUUCGAAAACAACCACUUACAUAGUCAAUCUAAUAUAUAUGAUACACACACAUAUAUAUAUAUAUAUAUAUAUAUAUAUAUAUUUACUAAGGUGUAUAGGGACAGUGGCAGGGGUGGGUUGCCAUUUGUCUACAGUUAUGUAUUGCAAAGCAAAAACUAAAUGAAGGAGCUGAAAUCAAACAUUAUGCACUUUGAUAGGCAGCAGUUUUAGGAAAUGACAGCUUUUUUAUUGGAAAAUGGUGGGAUUUUUAAAAAAUAAGUUUACUGACCAUAACGUAUGAUGCAUACAUAUAUGCUGUAACUGGGGUUUCUUUAAAAGAAUGAACUGCAAUAAGUUGAGUUCCCUAUAUCAUUUUUCACUUUCUAGAUUUAAAUAUUUACAUAUAUACAUAUAAGAAGAAGGAAAUGUGUUGGUUAUAAUUUGCCAUAAUUUGUCGAUCAAGAAUAUGCAGUUUUUUUUGUUAUAUUUGUUUUGAUUAUUGAUUUUUAAAAAAAGAAGACGGUAGCAUUUUCUGUCACUGGGUGAUGGAUCUUUUUUGUCAUUAUUAACUUUAGUGUAAAUGUAAUUUUUUCUAAAGGGGGGUGGGUGGGUGGUUGAAUGGGUUCUUUCCACCAAUCUGCGUUUUACAUGGUGUAUGAGAAUAACAAUGGCUGGGUGUGGGUAGAGAAGUGAUGAGCAGAAUCAUAAUUCUUACUGUUUAGACCAGAUUCUUUUCUUAUUGUAUCAUAUUGAUCAAGUUUGCUACAAACCCUUUUUGAUCUUACCUUGUUGUUUUUUAUUUUUACUUUUAGUUUAAAAAACCUGUUUCAAAAUGCAAUCAUGCCUCGAUGCAAUAAAUUGUGUCAAAAUAAAAAAUGGAGAACAAUA